CUUUAUUGGCUAUGUGUAAGUAUAUACACUCAGCGAAAAAAAAAACCACGCAGUCAAAAAUUUUCUAAUACUCCAUUUUUAAACUGUUACUAUUCGCUCAAAAUACGCUAUUUGUCUGAUUUGAUUUUUUUAUUAUGUGACUACAUUGGUUUACCGGUAUUCCUGAACCCAUUAGUUUCCCAACGUGUUUAUUUCAGUACUUGCGGUAAUUUCUUUUGAGUCAAUUGUAAAAAUAAGCAAAGUUGGACAUGGUGUAGUCAAUAGAGAAGAAAGCAUAGCUUUAUAUAAAAAUAAAUUAUCCAAACGUUAAAUAACUCGUGAAAUGGACAUAAGUGAUUGGAGUGUGCGCAAUAUUAUUAAAAAUUAUACGAAAUUUAACUCUUUAAAUCGAAAGAAGGGCAGUGGGGGUCCGAAAAAAGUAAAACCUUGUCAUGAACGACAAAUUAAAUGGAUGUGCAUUACUGAUCGCUUUCAACAUGCUGGAACAAUCAAUUCAAUAUUUUACGAAACUACUGGGAUAAAAAUAACAACACGUUCUAUGCAAAAUGUCUUGAAUAAUCUUGGAUUACGAGCGCGACGUCCAGCCAAAAAGCAACUUCUUAUUAUUCUUAAAGGAUCUGUUAAUGCCGAAAUAUACAUUGAAAUUUUAAAAAGAAGGCUCGAACACACCCAAAAAGUUUAUUUUCGGGAUGAUUCAGCCCCUUGCCAUAGAUCCAAAACGAUAAGCCAAUCAGCCGGAAACGUGGAGGAAGUGCGAGCCCAUUUCGAUGCGGGAAUGUUCAGAACGCUUUAACUCAUGUUCUUCACAAUAUUUUUAGCUUAAAAUGUAAACUUAUGCUGUCUUAAUAUAUUUUAAUAAAUGAUAAUAAACUUGAA